CGCUUUUAGUUUGCAAAUCUUGUACAUUUAACUGGCCCUAGAUGCUGGUUGUGAAUUCUUCCUACUAGGACGAUCAAUUUCGCAUUACCAUUUUGCGAGAUUGAUUGCGAAAUUAUUGGUGAAGAGUGUUCCAUCGUGCGUUGCCGUUGUCUUCUUGAUUUGACAGCUUUCGGCUGCUUGCAGUGGUAGUAGUGCGGAGUGUCUCCAACCGCGAUGUAAUAUUCCUUCUGGUGUGUGCUCGAGCUCGCAGUUGGAUUCUCCCGUCGCGUAGUGAAGGUAGUGAUUUUAUUCCGUUCUUGAAACACGCGAUACUCGGUUGUGGAAUCCUCCAUCCAAAGGAGGACAAAGUGUGAGUGUGCGAUUCCGCAAGAAGGAUUGUUCCUGCUUCCUGGCUGUUCGGGGUAGCUUCCGAAAAAGUGCAGAAAGGGUGCAUGUGUGGUUGGAAGGUGUGACUUUGGGAGUGAAAUUACGUGAAUAGAUAGUGCAGGAUUUUUCCGCAAGGAAGCACCGAAGAAACGAUGGCACUCGGAACGGAGAAAGUCGAACAGGAUUCGGUGGCGGUACCGGUUGCGGCCAAAGGUGGACCGACUGCCAACGCGGAGCCGAAGAAAAAAGGAAACAACAAAAAGCAAAAGAACGGCAAAGAUAAGGAACCAACACCCCCGCCAGCACCCGCCAAGGAGGCUCUAGUCAACGGACAUAACGAUUCUGCCGUCAUCGAAGGUAUGAACGGUCACACUUCGGAAGGUGAGCAACAGCAGGAGAAGGACAAAGCAUCGGAAGACAAGAAGAAGUCCGAAUCGGAAGUGAUGGAGAUCAUUCAGGACGCGGGGUUCACGGUGCAGAUCCUAUCGCCGGGAGUUGAGCCCCUGUCGAUUCAGGUUUCCAGCAUGGAACUGGUGCAGGAGAUCCACCAGUUGCUGAUGGACCGGGAGGACACGUGCCAUCGGACGUGUUUCUCGCUGCAGUUGGAUGGAGUUACGUUGGAUAACUUUGCUGAGUUGAAGAAUAUCGAGGGAUUGAAGGAAGGUUCGGUGAUUAAGGUUGUGGAAGAGCCGUACACGAUGCGUGAGGCAAGAAUUCAUGUUCGACAUGUGCGGGAUCUGUUGAAGUCGAUGGAUCCGGCUGAUGCCUACAACGGAGUGGAUUGCAGUUCGCUGACGUUCCUGCACACUAUUACUCAGGGCGACAUUCUGGAAAAGAAGAAGGGUCGUUCUGAGAGUGUGGAUUGUACUCCUCCGGAGCAUAUCAUGCCAGGAGCAAAGGACAGGCCAUUACUUCCACUGCAGCCGGGAGUAGGCAAAAAGGGACCCCAACCAAUCAAGGUGUUAACAACUUCCGCGUGGAAUCCCCCACCGGGGCCAAGAAAGCUACAUGGGGAUUUGAUGUACUUGUAUGUGGUAACGAUGGAAGAGAAGAGAUUACACAUUUCGGCAUGCCCUCGGGGAUUCUUCAUCAAUCAAUCAACAGAUGAUGUGUUCGAACCGCGUCCGGACAAUCCUAGCUAUCUGUGCCAUUCAUUGAUUGAUUUGCUGUCGCAGAUUUCACCCACUUUCCGUCGGUGCUUUGCGCAAAUGCAGAAGAAGCGCACCCAGCGGCAUCCGUUUGAACGGGUUGCGACGCCAUAUCAGGUUUACACCUGGUCUGCUCCGGCUCUGGAACACACCAUCGAUGCCAUCCGUGCGGAGGACACUUUUUCCUCUAAGCUUGGGUAUGAGGAACACAUCCCAGGGCAGACGAGAGAUUGGAAUGAGGAACUGCAGACAACUCGGGAGCUGCCAAGGGAAACCCUUCCGGAACGGUUACUCCGUGAACGUGCCAUAUUUAAGGUUCAUAGUGAUUUCGUGACGGCAGCUACUCGCGGUGCUAUGGCUGUGAUUGAUGGAAAUGUGAUGGCGAUCAACCCGGGAGAGGAUGCCAAGAUGCAGAUGUUCAUCUGGAAUAACAUCUUCUUCUCGCUUGGGUUCGAUGUGAGAGAUCACUAUAAGGAGCUGGGUGGAGAUGCUGCGGCAUUUGUUGCCCCAAGAAACGAUCUGCACGGAGUGCGAGUGUAUUCCGCAGUGGAUGUCGAAGGAUUGUACACGUUGGGAACGGUGGUCAUUGACUACCGUGGAUAUCGAGUCACUGCUCAGUCGAUUAUUCCUGGCAUCUUGGAACGCGAACAAGAACAAUCCGUUGUGUAUGGGUCGAUCGACUUCGGAAAGACGGUGCUGUCGCACGAGAAAUACUUGGAACUGCUCAACAAUGCCGGAAAGCAUCUGAAAAUACUACCACACAGUGUCUUAAACGAUAAGGAGGAAGAGAUUGAACUGUGCUCGUCGGUUGAGUGUAAGGGUAUCAUCGGAAACGAUGGACGUCACUACAUUCUGGAUCUGUUGAGAACUUUCCCCCCGGAUGUAAACUUCUUGAAGUUGGACGAGGAACUGAGCAAGGAUUGCAAGGCACUUGGCUUCCCGAUCGAACACAAGCACAAACUGAGCUGUCUGCGUCAGGAACUGCUGGAGGCAUUCGUCGAGAGUCGAUAUCUCAUGUUCAUCAAGCAUGCUGCCUUCCAGCUGCAGCAGCUGAACACCGCCAAGCUAAAGCAGAAACAGGAAACUAAGGAUCCCAAGGACAGCGAGAAGAAGGAGGACACAAAAGCAAUCGAACCAGCGCCAACGCCUAAAGAGGCCGCUAAGAGUGAUACAGCAGAAUCGAACAAUAACGCCGAAUCGAAGGAGGAGGCUGCGAAGGAGGAAGAUGCAACUGAAAAGCCGAAGGAGAAGUCUUCCGCAAUGCCAAAGGUUGAAACGGAGGAAGCCAAAAAAUUGAUGGAAUCGUUGCUUUCCAGUGACGAGAAGAAUGAAAGCAAAGAGGUUGUGAAACGUGCCUGCGAAGCGGUCGGAUCGUUGAAGGAAUACGAGUUUGAUAUCCGUUUCAAUCCGGAUGUUUACUCGCCGGGAAUCAAGCACGUGGAAAAUCCGAAUGCAGCCAACUCGCUGAAGAAGCAGAAGCAACUGGUGAAGGACGCUGCCGAGUUCCUUGUCAAACACCAAAUCCCAAGCUUCGUUCAUGACUGUCUGGACCACACUGCUGCCCCAAUGGACGGAACUACCCUCACGGAAACUCUCCACAGUCGCGGAAUUAAUGUACGCUAUUUGGGCAAAGUUGCCAACCUGUUGGCCAAGAUUAAGCAAUUGGAAUACCUGCACACGAUUGCCGUCUCGGAGUUGAUCAUCCGAGCUAUCAAGCACAUCUUCACCAGCUAUAUGCAGAACACCGAAAUGAUGAGCAUGGCAGCAGCCAUCAGCCAUUUCCUGAACUGCUUCCUAACGACCACUGCAACAGUGUCGCACUCUGGAAGCUCGUUGGAAUCGGAUGCUCUUACAAAAUCUGGAUCAUCCGGCGGCAAGCAGCAGCGUCGCCAGAAUAAGCGUUCUUCCGGUGGUAAAAGCGGAAAACCCUCAUUCCAGUGCACUCAGGACAGCAACGAAUGGCAGCUACUCACACCCAAAUCUCUCUGGUCCCAGAUUCAACAGGAGCUCAAAUCCUACUGGGACUACGAGCUACUUCCAGCUGGAGUGCAUGAUUCCGCCGAUCCCAUAGUGGCUCACUAUCGGCUGCAAAAAAUCAGCUUGUUGCGUGCAUUUUGUCUCAAGACUGGCGUUCAGAUUCUGCUCAGGGAGUACAACUUCGAGAUGAAGAACAAGUCAACCUUCGCCGAGAAUGACAUCGUCAAUGUGUUCCCCGUCGUUAAACACAUCAACCCGAGGGCUUCCGAUGCGUACAACUUCUACACAACCGGACAGAGCAAGAUCCAGCAGGGUUACUUCAAGGACGGAUACGAUUUGAUCAGCGAGGCGCUGAAUCUGUUGAACAACGUUUACGGGGCAAUGCAUCCGGAGAAUGCUCAAUGCUUGCGCAUGUUGGCCCGCUUGAGUUACAUCAUGGGUGAUCCACAGGAGGCGCUUGCCAUCCAACAGCGAGCAGUGCUGAUGAGCGAGCGGGUUAACGGUAUUGAUCAUCCGUACACGAUUGCUGAAUAUGCACCACUUGCAUUGUAUUGUUUCGCUAAUAGUCAAAUUAGCACUGCCCUCAAGUUGCUGUACCGUGCGCGGUACCUGGCUACGAUUGUGUGCGGUGAGAAUCACCCGGAUAUUGCCCUGUUGGAUAGCAACAUCAGCUUGAUUCUGCAUGCCGUUGGAGAGUACGAGCUUUCGCUGCGCUUCCUGGAGCACGCCCUGGCACUGAACAUCAAGUACUACGGCGAGAAGUCGCUGAAGGUUGCCGUCAGCUACCACCUGGUGGCACGGACGCAGAGCUGCAUGGGCGAUUUCCGAUCAGCGUUGAACAACGAGAAGGAAACCUAUGCCAUCUACAAGCAACAGCUCGGUGAAAACCACGAAAAGACCCAGGAAUCGUCCGAAUGUCUGCGGCAUCUGACCCAACAGGCGGUGGUGCUGCAGAAGAAGAUGAACGACAUCUACUCGAAUGGCAAGCUGACCAGCGGGCUGCCACCGAUCCACAUUCAGCCGCCGUCGAUGGGUUCCGUGCUGGACAUGCUGAACGCGAUCAACGGUAUUAUCUUCGUACAAAUUAGCUCCAAAGAGAUUGCCAAUCUGAAGAACGAAAUUGAAAAGCGCCAAAAGGAGGGCGGCACUUCGGAACAGGCUGCCGCUGUGCAAGCCAGCCAGGAGGAAGUCGAUCGCAUGCUCACCGAAACAAUGGCCAAAACCGCCGCCGGAAUCCCAUUCGAGGAGCAUGACAAGCAUGAACUUCCCGUGGCUACCGAUGCCAGCAGUAGUAGUAGUAAGCAGGAGGACAAAAAGGACGACAGCAGCAGCAGCAGCAGCAGUAAAUCGUCCAAGGCGUCCGAGCAGCAGGUAAGCUGAAAGAAAGGCCCAUCUUGCCGCUUCCGGCAGUAGUUAGCGACUGUUGUCCGGAGGAACACUUUCUUAUAUCGGUACAUUAUACUACAAUAAUCAUCAGCUGAAAGAAAGGAUUUUCUUAAGUCGCGUCGUUAGUUUGCCCGUUUGUUUCAUUAGUCAUCGCGCUCUGAUAGACAGAGUCGCUUAGGUUGUUUAACUAUAGUUAUCAAUAUUGUUUCAUUUCGCAGUAUGUAUUCUAAAUUUUUUUUUGUUUCUUUCACUGAACUAGCUAUUUCUCUAGAAAUUUAGAGCCUUUAGAGCUGAGAAACGCACACAACUUUUCUGAUCUAAACAUAUACCUAAUACAAAUACUACUUCUACCUUCGUUUGAAGGAAAUGUGCUUUAUGGAAUGUCUGAGUUUGCAAUAUUUUAGAAUGAACGCUGAACCAAAAACCGAGCAAAUCGAACGCGGUCAAUAAACUCGUGCAAUAGAAGGACUAAAUAAAAUGUCUCUAAAAGAGUAAUCAUCACCUUGCAAUAAAACUAAUCCAAGCCAUCGAAUCUGAAGGAAUCUUGUUUUCGAACAGUUGAAAUCGCACUAAUAUCCGCUCUAGUCAGCGUGUCGCACUCGUACGCAGUACAACUAUUGUUUGAUCAGGCUAACAUAGCCCAUCAUAUCCCUCCCACUCGAACUGAAUUCACUCACGAAAUCGCCGAUGAUUUAUAUAAAAAGCCAAAUCGUACGCAGCAGUUGAUCAGGCGGAGCGAAUAUCAUUCUAAACUAGCCGAAAACACUACAAGCAUAUUAUAGGUUCUAGAGAAAGAUACCUACCUACUGGAUAAGAUAAGAAAUCGCUAAGAGAUCAGCGUGUCAAACUUGGAACGUCAAAUAGAAUUUUAUAGCGGAGACAAAUUAGGUAGUCUUACGAUUUUGCACACUAAUGGAAUACACACAAACUCAAUAAAACAUUAUACAAACCAGCAAACAAUACGUAGGUGUGUAGUUAGUCAAGUAGAAGUUGGAACUCGUAGAACAUCGUAGGCUUUCAAAUUGUGAACCGAUAAGUCCAGACACAAAUAACGUGAAAUGAAACCCCGAAUAAACAUAACAUAACAAAACAAAUAAGGCCCAAAGUUUAAGACAGGAUGUGUUAACAUUAUUGAGCAGCAGGCAGCAGGUUUGAAAAGAUGCGCCGCGGUCAAGCUUUAGUUGGAUUUGUCCGGAUUCCGGCGAAAUAAAAUGCAAGACAAGA